AUGGGUAGCAAAGAUUUUAUAAUUAUCUAUGCUAAUGACUUUACCGUGGACGAUGGAAUGAAAGAUUGCUCCACUGACUAUGGAUUUUGUAGAGUAUCGAGUCAUGAUUUACCAGACGGCACGACAUAUUGUACUCACAUGAUAGUUCAGGGUCACAUCGGGGGUAAUAAUCGAUACAUCGAAGCCAGUGACACUGCAUGUUUUCAUCUUCAUGGCAAUGUUUUUCAUUGGACUUUUGAUCAAAUAGAUUGUCAUCAUUAUUGUUAUCCUGACCCUAUUUCAGAAAUCACUUCAGGUACUGAUCCAGGUUCAAAAUCAUGUUGUGUUUAG